CCCAUCAUAAUUAUCAGGUGAUUCAAUAGUAGUAUAGUGCAGCCGGCUAGCUUAGCUGUAGUAAACUUGGUAGUUCGAUGGUAUAUAAAUUUUGCCAAGAGAUACGCGAGGAAAUUGCACAAGAAUUAAUUCCAAGAGCAAGUUCUUUUAGAGCCAGUCAAAAUUUGUCAGCUACAGAUGGAUAGAGAGUAUUUGCCACUUAACCGAUCAGUCCCGGUAUCGAUAAUGCAACGAAUGGAAAGCUUAGAUUCGAAACCUGUGCCAACUUCUGAUCAACCAACUAUUCUGGUCAAGGAUUACAGAGAUAUCAGAGAUCCAGUUCCAGCUCCCAGUGAGAAAAUAUCACUUCCCGUGUUUCUUAGCAAGCACCACCAGGAAUUUCCUACUCGAGUUCGUGUAUGUAAAGGGUUUUGUGGCAGUGACGAAGAAUCCUCUUUGUCUGAUGGCGAUCAAUUCAACGUUCACUUUCUCAAGUACACUACCAUCAUAGCUAUUGAGUAUGAGAAUGGCUCUCGGUUCAAUGUACCACUUAAUUCUGCAAUUCCAUUUGCGAUUCUCUACAAUCCACACAACAACAUUAACGAAGCAAUGACUGGGUACAAGUUCGACAAGGUAUCUGAUGUGCUGCAAAUGGCCACUUUACCUACACUUCUGUGGGCAAGAAAGGGAUAUCAGGGGUCUACUUCUGAUUCUUCUAUCUCUGCUAAUGAGCUGUUGAUCGUUCGAAAAGUGCGAAACAAAAUUCUUGGGAAACAGAGUUUGAAAGUUUUCAGCUUGACAACAGGAAAAGAUAAGGUGCUUAGUUCCAAUUGCACUGGAAAUUUCUCAACCAAGCCUCGUGAUGUGUGCCUCUAUCUGCCCGAAAUACUCAAACAUAUGCCCGAUUGUUUCCCAUCCAAAGCUGUUCUAUUUAGCACACCAACUGACAAUGCAACAAGAAAAGUUGGAACGCAUCAAAGAACUGGUUCAAAUUCAAAGCUUGGAGUACCUACUGUAGUCAAAAUGCUCCACAGUAGUGUGGAAACCUCACUUGUUGCGACGAGUAUUCACGAUCAAGAUCCUGAGAAUGCACGCUUGUUGGAAAUUCCUAUUGAACUUGAUAUCCUUGUUCGCGUUGAAGAUAACGUCGAUGAGGACGAAACCCAAAGACUAUAUGAAGACACGUCUUUCAUUUACGAACACUUCAACCCUGCCAAUGUGCGUACAUAUGUCAAGGAAAACAGCAACCAACACACUCAGUCCCAGUUUUAUACAAACGUUUGUUUCGGCCAAGAGCGAAAUGGGGUUGAUGUUCAUAAACCUCCUAUGCUGGAACACAACCCCACCUUGACUGAGAGUCACUACCAACAUCCACGUGCAGUGAAAAAGACUAGUUAUCCUGUGCCUAUAGAGAGUGUAUAUUAUCCUCCGGACACAAACUCUCCUGGUGACAGUGGAAGUGGAGUCGUGGAAAGAAAAUCUUCACGAGAUGUCUCACCAGCUGAUUCCACCUGGAGACCACCUCUUCCUCCACCAAGAGUCAAAACAGAUGCCAGUAAUCCUCCCAGGCGUUCCACUGGUUACAGUUAUGUGGAUUCUCACCCUCGCACAACCAGGGCUGCCGUGCCCGAUGAGAGUAAGAGAGGACCUGCUCAAGCAAGUGAACAAGUAUCUUCGUUGUCAAGCUCAGCUCCAGACUCCACUAUUCCUGACAUGAGUUCUUUUGGCAGCACAGGGAGCGGUGGAGCGUGUGUUACUUCUAGAAGGGGCACUGCUUCAGAAAGACCUACUGCAGGGAGUGACGGUGGUAUUGUGGAGGCUCGCAAGAAAGAGGCCCGUUUAUCAAAUGGAUUCUCUGUUGGUGAGCAUGUGCACAGACAAGUCAGUGCUCCUGCCCGGCCAGAUAGCCUCAUGUUCACCAACAUAAUGGAUGAUUUGGACCAAAUGACCAAAGACCUGGAAUCUUGUCUGGUGGAGAAAGGCAGUUCUUUUUCCACCAUAUCAGAAGGUGGCUCCAGUGCUGGUAACUCAGCUGAUGGCAGCGUGCAAAGCACAACAGACCAACAGGCAACACCUACAUCACCUGAAGCUAUGGAGAGGAAUAAACUCUUCCUAAAAGCUAUGGAUAAUUCACAGGUACUGAAGUUGCUGGAAGUUAUGAACCUUCAGCAGUAUGUGGACACUUUUCGCCAACAGCACAUCAAUGGCGACAUUCUCAGCGACUGUGAUGAGGACAUACUGCAGAAUGAACUGGAAGUUAAAUCUAGGUUGCACCGUCUGCGACUUCAGCGAGUUAUAACCGGACAAUAUUGUGUAGCUGACAUGAUGUCAAAUCAAGAUUACGUAAUCAUGCAACCUCUCUGUUGCUAGGUUGCUAAGCAGUUAUGUGUCUAAAAUAAUUAUGUCCUGUGUUGAAUGUUCUGUUUGCUGAGCAAAUUAAACUUAUAUAAUUAUAAUAAUUAUUAUUGCUGGUAAAGAUCAAUAUAGACCUGCAAUUUAUUUUUACAAAAUUAUAUAUUUAGAAACA